GAGCAGGGGUGGGCAGGACACCGCACCGGCAGCAUCUCUCCCCACCCCAGCAUCUCUCCCCACCCCACCCGCAGAGCUCGGGCUUCGUAGCCCGGUGGUACCGGGGGUUCGGGCGGUGCUCUGGCCCCGGGGCGGAGGAAUGGCCGGCCCCGGGGGUGGGUGGCAGGCAUGUGUCACAUCUUCCCUGUCCCAGGCAGCGGAGAGCUGAGGCGUGCCUGGCAGGGGGCUGCGGGAGAGCCUCCGGAGAUCGUUUCUGCCUCUCUCUGCUCUGCCCAGUCUGUUCAGUUAAGACCCGUGUAGUUGUCCCGCGUGGAUUCCCAUGGCUGUUAUAUCUGUGGUGUUCUACUGAUAUUUUGUCUGUACACCGCGACUUGCCUUCCUUCAGCUCCUUCCUAUCCAGUUUAGGAAGAAAAACACAGCGGAAAGCAACAUUUUAUCUUGCCAGUGGCACCUUUAGCAGCCGACGUGCUCAGCAGAUGUCUUUUUGUAUCCUGCUUUUGCUUUUGCCUGCAAGUGUCCAAAAAUUUGAGAGACAAUAUUUGUCAAGCAGAAACUCUUAAUAACAUUUGAAUGGUUUAGUGAAGUCCCCAAACUGCACAGCGGAGACUGGACUUACAGUGAGAGGGGAAUGGAACAGGCUGGGAGGGAAAAGGGGAGGAGGAAGCUUUGUUUCUUCAUUCAGAAACUGGAUUGAACAACCCUGAGGAAGGAGGAACAGCUCCACUCUUUCCGUGACAUUCUGGAGAAGGUCAUGUUCCAUUUCAGCCUGAGACACAGGACUUACUCACUCUCCUCAUGUUUCUGAAAGAAUCAUUAAUCUCUUCUAACUUUUUCCUGUUCUUAGGGAAGAGCCUGUUUUGUGCAGUGCUCUUGUAGCCUCUUACCUGCUUUGUGUUUCUACAGCGACCAGGAGCGAAGGGAAAAUAUUAGAUCAUGUCGGAGUUCUGGCUAAUUUCUGCCCCAGGAGAUAAAACAAAUAUGCAGGCAUGGGAGAGAAUGAACGUGGUGACGUCUAAAUCCAACCUGUCCAGCAACAGCAAAUUCCAUAUUCCAGACUUAAAGGUGGGGACACUGGAUGCUCUUGUUGGUCUGUCAGAUGAGUUGGGAAAACUUGAUAGCUUUGCUGAAAGUGUAAUGAAGAAAAUAGCCCAGUAUAUAGGAGAAGUUCUGGAGGACUCAAAAGAUAAAGUCCAGGAAAAUCUUCUGGCCAAUGGAGUUGAUCUAAUUAGCUACCUGACACGGUUUGAAUGGGACAUGGCCAAAUAUCCCAUAAAGCAGCCACUGAAGAAUAUAUCAGAAGCAUUAUCAAAGCAAGUGACUCAAAUAGAAACAGACCUAAAGAGCCGAUCAACUGCAUACAACAACAUUAAGGGAAAUUUGCAAAGCCUGGAGAAAAAAACUGUGGGAAAUCUGCUGACUCGGACCCUGGCAGACAUUGUGCAUAAAGAAGACUUUGUUCUGAAUUCCGAAUAUCUUAUCACGCUGCUCGUCGUGGUGCCCAAGUCAAGCUACAUACAGUGGCAGAAGACCUAUGAAUCUCUCUCCGAUAUGGUAGUGCCUCGCUCCACCAAAAUGAUUGCUGAGGAUGCAGAGGGAGGACUCUUCACCGUGACCCUAUUUAGAAAAGUGGUGGAUGACUUCAAGGCUAAAGCCAGGGAGAACAGGUUCAUGGUUCGAGAAUUUCAUUUUGAUGAGAAGGAACUGAAAUGUGAAAAGGAAGAGCUGAUGAAAUUAGCUUCUGAUAAGAAACAACAAUAUGGCCCGUUACUGCGCUGGCUCAAAGUGAACUUCAGUGAAGCAUUUGUAGCAUGGAUUCACGUGAAAGCCUUGAGAGUUUUUGUUGAAUCUGUCCUGAGGUAUGGCCUACCAGUGAAUUUCCAAGCGAUGCUGCUGCAGCCAAAUAGGAAGUCUGUGAAACGCCUGAGAGAUGUCCUAAACGUGGUCUUCAAACACCUGGAUGAAGUUGCAGCUGCAAGUAUAAUGGAUCCUGGUAUGGACAUCCCUGGGUUACAACUGAGUAAUCAGGAAUACUAUCCUUACGUCUAUUUCAAGAUUGACCUCAGUCUUCUUGACUGCAGUUAAAAAUAAAUUGCUCAAGCUUCAUCUAUUCAUUUUCAAGACCCUAAUGUUACAGUAAAACAAUCUUCAGCUGCUGAAAGUCAAAUUAAAAUGGAGAUGCUGCAGUAGGAUAAUUGCAUACUAUCUUCCUACCACUUCCAGUAAUUUUUACAGUAGAUUCAAUAUAUAUAUGUCUUGUCCAUAGUUUAAAAAAAAAUAUAUUUUAGAGGCAGGAGGUACUAUGGUAGUAUUUAUUUGUUUUUGGUAAGUUACAAAGAUGGAAUAUGUGUUGGACCAGAAAUAAAACAACUUAAGUGUGGUGGC